AUGUCCUCUCAUGGCGGUCGACAAUCAGGAAGCGGUCGGAAGAAAAUAUUUAACAGCAAAGCAACGAAGCUUCAGACUUGGCAGAAAACCCACAAAAGAGUUUGGUUAGAUGGAACAAUUUACUCGUCUUGGGUUUCUGCGAGGAUCAAGUGCGGAUACUCGUCAGAUUCUAUGUUUGCUGCCCAUCUUCUAUCGCUCGAGAGAAGAAGAAGGUAAAGACCAAUAAAUUCUGUUGAAUCUGUCAUUUGCCAGUGUUCUUUGGAUUAACAUGUGAUCUUAAUGUAUGUUUUUGGUUUGUAACCCAGAGAAACUUCAUCUACCGUAUGCAGAAAAAGAACGGCAUCGUCAACUUCUGUCUCGAACCCCACUUCCUACAAACGACGCCAUAUUGAAGGUGAGACAUGAUUUGAGAUUGAAUGUUUUUGCAUUAUACGUACUGUUCCGUAAGAUCAAAUGGAAAAAAACUUGUUAUAAUCAUCUUUAUUCCCGGAAUCUACACUAUUUAUAAUUGAAACAUUUGCCUCUUUUAUAAAGGGCCUAUGUUGUCUUCCACUCCUGUGCAAGCUUCAUCUACACCAGCAGAUGCAGAGAAUAUUAACAUGUCUGUUGUCAGUGCAGGUGUAGAUAAUUUAAGGUGAGUGAUUAUAGCAGUACGUUUUGUAAACAUAGCAGUUUUAUGAUUGCAGAGUGGAUUUAGAUUGUUUUUUUAUACAACUGGUACAUGUAAGAAACUAAGAAUUACAGGUGUACAUGUAUGUAGUGGCUGGGUAGCAUAAUUUGAGAUCAGUUGUGAGAAAUUGUGCCUUUUUGGUUAAAAGUUGUUUAUUUUUUCUCCUCUUUAGUGACAUGAGUGUGGAUAUUACAGGGGUAACUGCGUCAGAGCUGUCUGUUAAUAAUGUUGACUACCAAGUUCUCAAUGACUCAGUCAUAACGAUACCUGAUGCAGACAAGUACCAGGAUGCAAGUGAGUCCAUCCACACUGACUCUUCAGACAGCGAA